CCCCGCUGCGUCGCCCCGCCGUUGAUCCUUCGGCUCGACGCGCGCCGUCAAGCCGGGCCGACCACGAAACACCCGACGAGUCCCCCACGCCGCCGCAGUAGCGACACUCCAUCAACGCCUCCGACGCCUAGAGUGACCAAAUGUGUAGGAAUCUUACCGUUGUUGGAUUCCUUAUGCAGCAAAAUUAUGGAUGUGAAAGAGAAGCCAGAGACGACCAGUGGCCCACCACCGCCACGUCCAGACUGCAUAAAGUGCUUCGAUGCUCUGUGGUUCUGCUACUCGCCAUUCCACCAGAUGCAGAGCUACUACCGGUAUGGGGAGUUUGACAACUGCUUCGGCAAGUGGGGCGAUCUCGUGGACUGCCUCACUCUCAAGACAAAGCGGGUGGCAGAGGUGGAGGAGAUCCUCAUCGCGCGGGAGAAGGCCAAGCCACACAUCUGGACCUUCCGGACAGUCGAUGAAGCAUCCGAACACUGGUGGAGGAUGUAUAAGCAUUUUGUGAUGAUGUCACCACCACUGCCAGGUGCUGCGCAGCCUCUUCCCAAGUCUGAUAAAUCUUGAGAGUUGUGGGGGUUUCGGCAGUGUUCUGUUUGUGUUUAUGUUGCAUUUUGAUAUUCGUGAUGAGUUCUGUUGAAAUCUGAUUGUAACUCACACACCAAUGAAGUGGAAUCGUUGAGUUAGAAAGACAAAACUACUCUGAUGAAUUCUGAAUAACUGAGAUAUUGGAUUCGGAUAAAAGAAACUCAAUAAAGCUGCUUAUGUAGAGGCGUCUCCA